AUGGGCCAAAAGAUUGAAGGUGAACACACGAGUCUUCUUCUUCCUAUCUUGGCAAUAUUAAUUAAGGCAAGGCUCAAUAAAUCUAUUGCUGAAGAUGGUCUAAUUAAAAGCAAAGAAGAUCUAUAUGCAACAUUGAAAUUUUCUCCAAUGAAACAUAAGAAGAAAGCUACUAGAAAGAAGUAUAUGAAUAAGAGCAAUGGCAUUAUCCUUACAAAUGGUAGUUUUGAUUUUGAAGAAUAUGCAACCGAUAAGGAAAUUAAGAAGCUUAUAUCCAAGCUGAAUAGAGAAUACAUGGAUUCGGAAAACAAAACUUAUGAUGAUCGAGGCAACUUGAAUAAUAAGACGCAUCAAACCAAAGACCACAUUAUGCAAUAUCGCAGUUUAGUUCUUAAGAAACUU